GUGUCAACAGGAAUCUCGUGAAGGGCAAUUAUAAUAAAUUAUUUAGCUACACUCUUUCUGGAGUUUUUUACAAAUUAAUGGAUCACAACACGAUGUGUUCUAUAACAAGCGGCGAAUAAGAAGUGGAUGAGCGCAUAAAGCAGACAGUCACUAAGGAAUGCACAGGAGAAUUUACAUUUUCGAUGGAUGAAAAGUCGCACUGGGCAAAAUAGUCUUUCAACGUCGUUUCGGGGAUGCACUCGGUAGAGUCCGCUUGCUGUCAGAGGAGCCAUGUUUUCAGCGCGCACGCGUUGUACACCGCGCAGUGGGGAGGAUUCCAUGCGCUCUUGUGAUUGGUGCACGAGACGGUGGCGUUCGCGGUCAAUUGACGGAGCGAUGGGCAGGCAAUGUCGUCGAGAUUGUAGACCCGGGGUAGAAUUUUCUCGAGACAUCUCUUCUUCUCGAACCCCUUCACGUACACCUUGCUGGCGUCUCGUAGUCUGCCGAAGAAGAUCUCGUGCGCCUCAUCAUAGGGCACGGUGCCGCUGUUCCAGUUGAGUCCAUGAUAGUUUUCCUCCAACCACUGAUUCUCGCUCUGGUACUUGGCCGGUAGAGAGCUCCAUCUGUGCGGUGACUCGAACAAAUAGACCGACGGCUGGGCAUCGUCUUCGAGAGCAACCAUCGCCACCUCCUUGUAGACGAAUUCGUUGAAGGGUCGCUUGAAGCCCUGGAAGUCCACCACGAACUCCAUCCUCGAACUGAUGCUUGCGUGUGGAUGCUCGUCCCAUCAGUCCCACCUCAUUGCUACCCUGGAACUUUCUGGAAGUCUGACGUAAGCCUCCGACCUACGGUGGCUGACCAAUCGUUGCUCGCUCCUCCCCCACCACCCAACCAGUCGACUGGGUAUAAAUUCGGGGCCCGUCGACCGAGAUGGCACAGUUCACUCGAGCACAAUGUCAGCACAAGACUGCAGAGAUAUCGUUGCAAGCUGGGAGGUGUUGCAGCUACUGAAGGAUCGAAAGCCCAACGUCAUUCAUGAAUGGAUCAAACGAUUGAAAAAGGUAAUCGCUACGUUGGAGGAGUCUCAGAGGCUUGCCAUCAUUGGACCGGAACAGCAGAAAUUCCUGUACGCCGUGGGGAUUUUGCGGGGGAUCGAUAUCAAGCUGGGACUUCUGCUGAAACGUGGUCAUGGCGUGCAAAUUCGGGAGAGGCUGAUCGAUCGAGUCCAGUGGUCGGAUCUGAACUAGUUGUUCAAGAAUGGCAUCAGGGUGGGUGCGUUAACGAACUUGAAGCAUGUGGAUGUGGGGGCCUUCAUGAAAGACUGCAUGACGCAUUUCCGAGCGAAAAUCAACAACGUUCUGCGGAGUAAGGGAUCGAAUGCGGUCAAGGUUUACGGCGUGCUUGCCGCAAAAUUCACCGUUAUGAAGAAUGGUGAAGAAGUGUUCAACACGAAAUUCUUCAACACGAAGGCAGCGCCGAUCUUCGGUACCACUGAUAUACGCCGAUGGUUCGCUGAGAACAUUCAGGAGACAAUUCAGACGGAUCUGGAGGAAUUCGAGCAGCAAGGUUCAGGCUGAUCGUUGCAUUCCAUCAUCAACAUGACGCUGCACAUCAACAAGUUCAACCCGAUGCGAGGCAGCUCAUACAUGGAUCUCCCGCCCAAGAUACUAAACAAGAACGCGUGCAUCAACGUCCAGAACAACGACGAGCAGUGCUUCAAGUGGGCCAUACUAUCGGCGCUUCAUCCCACCCAUCAUUCCGAUCGCGUCUCCAAAUACAGACGGUACGAGGCGGAAUUGAACUUUGACGGGAUCGAGUUCCCCGUGGAGCCGCGUAAAAUCUCCAAAUUUGAGAAGCAAAACGAGGUUAAAGAAGAAGAAGCACGAUUUCGACGUGUUGCCCGUACACGUGACGGAUGCGAAGAAGCAGCGACACAUCAAUCUACUCCUCGUGCAGGACCAUUACGUGGAUGAGGAUGAGGAGUGCUACGUGAUCCCGAGGUUCCAUUACGUGUGGAUCAAGAACUUAUCUCGCUUGGUAUCGAGACAACUAUCGAACGGUGCGCGCAAACUACAUAUCUGCGAUCGCUGCCUCCACUUCUACCACACCGAAGACAAGCUGGCAGCACACGAAGUUGACUGCAAGAAAGUCAACAAGUGCAAGGUCACCAUGCCCAAAUGGGCGAACAGGAUGCUCCGUUUCAAGAACCAUGGCCACAAGGAGCGCGUGCCUUUCAUCAUAUAUGCCGACUUCGAGUGCUUGCUGAAACCGACUCGGGACGAGAAUGCCUAUCAGAGCCACGGGGCAUUCAGCGUGGGGUACUACGUGAAGUGUAGCUACGACGACUCACUAUCGUGCUACCGCAGUCACAGGGGACCGAAGCCCGCGGAAUGGUUCGUCAGGGAGCUGCAGAACUUUGCUCAAGGACUGGACAAUGUUCACGCGAACCCUCGGCCCAUGGAAGCGCUGACGCGGCAACAGGUCAGAGAGUUCCACAACGCCACCGAGUGCCACAUCUGCCAGAAACCCCUAUUGAGCAGCGACCGAGUGAGAGACCACUGCCAUCUGACGGGCAAGUACCGCGGAGCAGCGCACAACGAGUGCAACCUGAACUAUCAGGACUCGAGGACCGUGCCCAUCGUCUUCCACAAUCUCACCAGCUACGACUCGCACUUCAUCAUACGGGAAAUUGCCACAUGCUUCCCCGGUCCAGUCGAAGUCUUGCCCGAGACGAAGGAACGCUACAUCUCGUUCACGAAGCACGUCGCCGGCAGCGAUGUGUUUCGCUUCAUCGACUCGUUCCGCUUCAUGGCGUCGUCGCUGGAAAAACUAGCAUCGAACUUGAGUGAGCUGUGGAUCGUGAGGAGGGAAUUCCCCCACCUGUCCGAUGAGAAAUUCGAGCUGCUCACGAGGAAGGGUGUGUUCCCCUACGAGUACGCCGACUCUGUGGACAAAUUGCGGGAUAUCGAGUUACCGCCGAAAGCGAGCUUCCACAGUUCAUUGACGGGCAGCGACAUCUCGGACGCGGACUACAAGCACGCCAAGAGAGUGUGGGACGAGUUCGAGAUCCGGAGCUUGGGCGAAUACUCGGACCUGUACUUGAAAACGGAUGUGCUUCUCCUUGCCGAUGUCUUCGAGAACUUCCGCAACAACUCUGUCGCCGCAUACGGCCUGGACCCCGCCCACUACUACACGCUGCCAGGCUACUCUUGGGACGCGAUGUUUAGGUACACCCAGGUCCAGCUAGAACUCCUCACCGACCCCGAUAUGCACCUCUUCGUCGAGCAAGGAAUACGCGGGGGUAUUAGCCAGUGCUCCAACCAAUACGCCCGGGCCAACAACAAAUACUACGACUACGACGCCAAUGAGGAGGCCAAGUAUCUGAUGUACUUCGACGUGAACAAUUUGUACGGCCGAGCAAUGAUGGAGUACCUGCCGCAAGGAGGCUUUGAAUGGUUCACUGGCAAUAAAGUCGACUCCUCAAUGUGCCGGACGACUCGCCUGUCGGAUACAUCCUCGAAGUAGAUCUCGACUACCCGGAGAAUUGCCACGACUCGCACAAAGACCUGCCGCUGUGUCCCGAGCACAAGAGCGCCCCCGGCUCGAAACAGAACAAGCUCAUGACUACGCUGAAGCCGAAGAAGCGCUACAUCCUCCAAUACCGCAACUUGAAACAGGCUGUGCAGCAGGGAAUGAAACUCGUACGCGUCCAUCGCGUCUUGAAGUUCAAAUAGUCCGCAUGGCUGCGACCCUACAUCGAGCUGAACAGCGAGUUGCGAAAACGGGCGCGGAAUGAGUUUGAGAAGAAUCUGUACAAACUCAUGAACAACGCGGUGUUCGGCAAGACGAUGGAGAACGUGCGCAAACACGUGACUGUGAAGCUGGUGAGGAAGUCGGGUGGACGCUACGGGGCCGAAGCACUCAUCGCCAAGCCGAAUUUCCAUAGCUGCUCCAUCUUCGGGGAGAACCUCGUGGCGAUUCAGCUCACGAAGACGGAGGUUCAUCUCAAUAAGCCGAUCUACGUGGGGCUGAGCGUGCUGGACCUAUCGAAGAUCCAUGUAUACGACUUCCACUACGAGUACAUGAAGCGGGAAUUCAACGAUCGAUGCAAGCUCCUCUACACCGACACCGAUAGUCUGCUCUACGAGAUUCGCUGCAACGAAAUCUAUGCCAUCAUGAAGCGUGAUAUCAAGCGAUUCGACACGUCCGAUUACCCGCCGAACACCCGGUUUGGUAUGCCACUGGCCAAUAAAAAGGUGAUCGGCCUUAUGAAGGAUGAGUGCAACGACCGCAUCAUGACCGAGUUCGUGGGCUUGCCCAGUAAGACGUAUUGCGUCCAUGUGGAGGGGCGUGAUCGCAUCAAAAGGGUCAAGGGUGUGAAGAGGAGCGUGGUCGAGGCGAGCAUCACAUUCGACGACUUUCUGCGAUGUCUCCGAGACAAAAAGGCGCAGCGACGAGUGCAAUGCGUAAUCCGAUCACGCUUGCACAAUGUGUUUACGGAGAGGCAGUCGAAGGUGGCGCUCAGUGCUCACGACGACAAGCGCAUUCUCCUACCCGACAGCACGGACACGUUGCCAUGGGGGCAUUUCAGGGCCCCACCACCGCUGCAACUACCACCACCACUACCGCCACUGCCACCACCACCACCUGCGCCCUGAGUGGGGAUGGCGGGUAUAUUAACAGCGAACUCGCAGCCGUUCUUCACAGUAGCACGAUGGACACCGUCGAGAAGCUCAACAAAAUCGUUCUGCUCGAGGAUUUCCUGCCAACGAAGAAACUGACGGAGUUGUGCGUCAACAGCAUAUAUCAUGUCACCGAUCUGAGGCAAGUCACUACGAAGUAUGGCUAUGAGAGGUGUCGCCACUCUCGACAACGAAUCCCAAGUCUUCCUACCGAGACGCAUCUCAGCUCGAGCAGAUGGCGUAAACAGUCGUCGACGAGCGAUUGCUUCUGAAGUAUCUACCCGGCAAGAUACCACAAAAUGAAUUCAGCAUUAAACACUUUUGAUGAAAAAAAACAUUUAUUGAAUAAAUUACAAAUCGUUCUUAUUUA